CAAUAAUAUUUAUCACUUGCAAUCCUAAAUCAAUUUUUUAAAUUUAGUAAAACAAAGAAAAGUUUUUACCUUACCGCAGGAGUGACGGAGUCACGGAGACCGGAGACGGGAAGAAGAUGAUGCAGGUUGCGGCGGUCGCCCGUCGCUGGCGGCCUGGCGCGUGGAGGCUGGUCGGCGGUCGGCAAGUUGCGGUCUCGCGUGUCGCGUCGGCUGGGCAGCAGAACGGCAGAUUGGGAGCUUUAGGGUUCCAAAAUCAAAAAUAUGAUAAUAGUAAUAGUAACAGUAAUAGUAAUAUUCGAAGCAAGAAAAAAAAGCCUCCCGGUGGUGGUGGCGGUCUCCUCCGCAUGUUCAAGCUCCUCCCCAUGCUAACCACCGGAUGCAAGAUGGUGACGCUUCUAGGGAAGCAAAUGAAGCCGAUGCUGACGGACCGGGCCACCACCGGGACACUAUUCGGGUACAAGAAGGGUCGGGUCAGCCUGGCCAUCCAGGAGGACCCGCACCGUCCGCCCAUUUUCAUGAUCGAGCUGCCCAUGCUGACCGCCGUCUUCCACAAGGAGAUGGCGAACGACGUGGUCCGGCUGGCGCUCGAGAGCGAGACGACCACGAGGAAGAAGAAGGUUCUCGAAGAGUACGUGUGGGCAGUGUACUGCAACGGCCAGAAGAUGGGGUACUCCAUCCGGCGGAAGAACAUGACCGACGACGAGUGCCACGUCAUGCACCAUCUCCGCGGUGUCUCCAUGAGCGCCGGCGUGCUUCCCGCCCCGUCGUCGGAGAGUAACAGAAAAGAUUCGACCGACGGGGAGUUGACUUAUAUGAGGGCCAGGUUUGACCGAAGAGUUGGGUCCAAAGAUUCGGAAGCGCUGUAUAUGAUUAACCCGGAUGGGGCUUCCGGGCAAGAAUUGAGUAUUUUCUUUGUGAGAAUCUUGAUACUCAUGUGGACCUUAGAGCACUAGAUAUACAUUCGCGCCUCAGUUCGACAUAUCAGUUUGUGAGGUUGGUCGCAUAGUCGCGCCUCAGUCCGGCAACACGGCCUCCAAGUUUGGGAUGCUUGUUAGUCGUCCCCGUGUCACCGCGUGGGAGUCAUUCGUCAUCAAAAUUUAUUGUUCGUUUGCAGGGCCGGUCACCUUCGUUCGUUGUUGUCACAGCAGAUCAAGUUCAAGUUCUU